GACGAAACCAAAGAGACAGGAAAACUGGCUCGGCAAUGGGCACUGGCAUAGCCUGACUCCUCCAAAGGCGAAGAACAGGUGUCCACGGAGGCUCUGUGCCUCCAAGGUUUCGGCAUUGUCGAAUGACGCGAUGACCUAAGCAUUCCCAUAUGCUCACUCAUCAGCCGAUUCCAGGCGAGUCGACUCGAGUCGGGCGCGGCAGCGGGAACGGGAACGGGUCUCGCGGGGCUGUCCACUCUGGCAGUCUGGCUGGCUGAUGGUGAGCAACACUUGAUGAUCUAGACGACACAACAUCCACUCGUGGAUCUAUGUCACGACACAGUAUUGCAAAUUACCAUUACACAUACAUAGCGAGUCUUUUUCUCUUCUUCUUUUUGGUUUCAACACUGCUUGCCGACCUGAUUGAGCCGCACUCAAACCCAUAGAACCCUUCCCCGUGCCGACCGUCUUCCCACAUCCGCCCCGAACGACUCACGACCGACCACUACGGACUAGACCGAGGAAGCCGACAUAGUCCCGACUGCCCAGCUGUGCUUGACGGACUACAAGGGCGGCCACCACUCCAAUUGAUCUCCUCACGCCCUUGCGACACCAUCCUCUCCUCUUCAUGGGAUCCAUAAUGCCGUCCACAACCCUCGACCGGUCCGAGUUCGACUCGAUACCCGACACCAUCAAGGCCUUUCGCGAUGGCCAGUUCAUAGUAGUCCUAGACGACCCAGGCCGCGAGAACGAGGCCGACCUGAUCAUCGCCGCCCAGGACAUCACCGCCGAGCAGAUGGCCUUCAUGGUGCGCCACAGCUCGGGCUACGUGUGCGCGCCGCUCACCCCCGACCUGACCCAGAGGCUCGACCUGCCCCAGAUGGUCAGCGACAACGAGGACCCCCGCGCCACCGCCUACACCCUGACCGUCGACUCGGCCGACCCCUCCGUCACCACCGGCAUCAGCGCCCGCGACAGGGCCCUGACCUGCCGCACCCUCGCCGACCCCCAGGCCAAGCCCGCCUCCUUCCGCAGGCCCGGCCACGUCCUGCCCCUGCGCGCCCGCCCCGGCGGCGUCAGGCAGCGGAGGGGCCACACCGAGGCCGCCACCGAGUUCUGCCGCCUCGCCGGCAAGGAGCCCGCCGGCGUCAUCUGCGAGCUCGUCGACGACGGCGAGGAGGUCGAGGGCCAGGCCAUAUUCAGGGAGCCCGGCAUGCUGAGGGGCGAGAAGUGCAUCGCCUUCGCCAGGAGGUGGGGGCUCAAGGUCUGCACCAUCGAGGACCUGGUCAACUACGUCGAGAAGACGGAGGGGAAGCUGGACGUGAACGGGUCGGCGUGAUGCACCACCGCGGUGGGUGGGUGGACAGGCCGAGCCUGUGAGGUUGUGAAGCGGAGGGUGUGGCAGCCAGAUCUAUGCGGGCAUCGGCCUGUUUGCGUGUGACGUCGACGCGCGCGCGUGUGGGUGAAAAGGUGUAACUGAUUUAUAGAAGUGGUGGUCAAGUCAAAACUUUGGGAAUGGAUACAUCGGAAUCUUUUGCCGCGAGGCAUUUCGCAGGCCACCAGGGAAUGUGUAUUUGUUUGUCUAUGCUGCUACUCAACUUCUUGUAUUAGAUCUGUUCAUACCUGGGCAUAUUCGCCCAACAGAAAAGCUAAGCAGUCAGGCCGAAGAUCACAGCUGCCCACUGGAUGAAAGCGCUCCGAGAGCCCAACUCCCACCACUGGUCAUGAAGAGCAGCCACACCUGCGCACUGGAUGGCCACAGGUUUAUCUCGAAUCGUUCCAACCAGUGAUCUUGAUUGAGUUCUCCACAUUGAGCCUGACCGCAGCCGAGCCUUCGUAACGUUACUUGUAUAGAUGAGCAGGCACAUGGCUAGGGAAGUCGUGACGACCCACACACACCGUCGACAACGAACCGACACAGUUCGGCCAGAUCUGACGGUCGAUCUCGACCCUCCAGAGCCGGGUUGGGGCAUCGGUUGCCCUCUUUCUGUAGACUCUUUCCGCUGGCCCCAAGGUGCUGACCCUGGCUUUACAAGUCGCACCACUGCAGUCUCAGGGGCCAGGUGUAUACAACGUCCCGGUUCACCUGAUGUAGCCCUGUGAGCAUGG